AAGGCUAGAAAUUUUUAUGUUUAUAUUUAUGCAGUCGUACUUUUUCCCAUAUCGACUGCUCCCUGUCGUUUGGCUGUGUCGAUGUAUGUACACAUUCUCCCAUGUCCGUCGCUCCUUGGUGGUGUAAUAGAUUUUGUGCCGUCUUCUUUAUUUACGUUUAAUUUUACUUGAAGUCAAUGGUAUAUACAUAUAUUCUUACACACGUGCACUUGUUGCCAGGCGGUGUGCAAUGUUUAUACUAAACGCUGCAUGACGCGGAAUAUAUCUGGACGUCGCCCUAAUGCUGCGCUGGCCACCAUCCAACGUCAGGUGCGCUGACGUACGCUUCAAAAUACACCAGCUAGGCAUCUGCGCGCGCACGAGCUGGUAGCAAUCAACGAGCCAGGCGUAAACAUGGCGUGCUCUUCGGUACGGGGCGGUAGCCAUUAUAUAUAACAUAGGAAUAAACCGGAGUGUUUACGUUUUUGCGGUAUAGUGAGCAUUUGUGGGACAUUGACACAGUGACUGUGGUUUUGGUUGGUGUACGUGACUUUCGCAUUUCCAAACGUUGCGUCCCCGUAUCUGGUUUUCUAGGUCAGUGGGUCAUGUGACACAGAACUGUCGCCGCUCAAAACGAAAUGAUUUGCAUCGCGCGCCGUGGCUAUGGCGGACAGCGAGACGUAGGGCUACAGCCACCUACCCGCGAAGGCUAGACCGUGAGCAGACAAGCGGCGCGUCGGUCCGAGCCAUGGCCACGACCGCCGAGGGAUGUAGCUCCACCGGCGACUCCAAACCGUCAACGACAUCCCAAUCCCUCGGACCAGGCACGCCAUGUUCGCCCUCCAACCUACCAGAGCAGGUGGGGCCUCUAUCGGUACCUCGACCGAGCCAGUCGCAGGCGUCCCCGCCCGGGCUGGGCAGCACCAUGACCAAGCGAGCGGUCCCGCCCGUCGCCCUGAUCCCCUGCCAGGUGUGCGGCGAUGUGUCGGUGGGCUUCCACUGCGGGGCCUGCGUCUGUGAAGCUUGCAAGAAAUUCUUCAUCAGAAGUACCAAGGAUGGCGGGGAUCGAACCAAAUUCAAGUGUAGCAAACAGCAGAAAUGUGACAUCACCAAGCAGACGCGGUCCCAGUGCCAGUAUUGUCGCCUCCAAAAAUGCCUGGCAGUGGGCAUGGCUAGAAAAGGUGACCGUGCUUCCAGCAGCUCGCAGCCGCCGGUGACCAGAAGUCCCUGCAAAGUCUGUGGGGCGGAAUCCUCGGGGUUCCACUUUGGGGUGGACACCUGUGAAGGAUGCAAGGGGUUUUUCCGGCGUAGCCAGCUGAAAACGAAGAAUGGAACGUAUGAGUAUGAAUCCUACAGAUGUAGCAAGUCCAAAGACUGUGCCAUCAAUGUGGUCACAAGAAACCUGUGUCGCUACUGUAGAUAUGCAAAGUGUCUGGCAGUGGGAAUGUCGAAGGAAGGUAUCAGAAUGGGUCGCCAACCCAACUACCUCAAACAUGGGGUGCUGCAACAGCUCCAGUCACCCUCAUCUGAAGGAAAUGGACACAGCUUUCCGACCUCCCCACCCAUUCCUACUUCCCCCAACAUUCCUACCUCCCCAGGGGUGCCCAUGUCUCCCAGCAUCCCCAUCUCGCCGACGUCGUCUACGCACCACUCUCAGCAGCAGCCGUCCCCGGUAGGCAACUCCUACUCAAACUCCUACUCACAGGUGUCAUCUUGGGGAGAUACCCAGUCAACCCACUCCAGCAUGCAAUCUCUACCUAGCCCCCACAAGUCCUACCCCCUCAGCCCCCCUCCCGCCACAGUCCACAUGACGCACACAGACAUGAGCUACUCUUCUCCCAAUGCGGCUGCGACUGUAGCUUACAGUAAUGUGAAUUCCUUGGCACAACUUCUCCCAACGUCGCCUACUUCUCCCAACAUGGGUCCCAUUCCAACGUCACACUUUUCUCCCAUGCACAGCAUGCCGACUUCCCCCUCCCCUCUCAUGCACCAAAGUCCCCUGCAGAUGCACCCCUCCCCAUCUACCACAAGCCAGCUCAUCAGCGCAACCUACCCCGGCCCUGGCCAACAGAUGCAGACAGGGAACAUGGCCAGUCCAAUCCCCUACCCCCCAGUGGAGCACUUCAUCCCCUACGGCCCAGCCUCAGGUGUGCCCCCUACCAAUGGGGGGCCUGUGGACAUCGCAGAGUUCUUGCCAGUGGAAGAUGCCUUCAAGUAUCUCAAUGCUGUUAGGGAACUGCCUGAAGGAGGCAGGAAUCUGGCCGAGCAUGAACUGACAGUGGAGAACAUCUGGGAGAAGAUGAUGCUGUCCUUCAAGAGAAACGUUCAUGUCACCACCAAGUUUGCCAAGAAGAUUCCAGGAUUCCGUACUUGCUCCAUCGAUGACCAGAUCAGCAUGAUCCAAGGAGCGGCCUUCCCCAUCAACUCCUGCAUCCUGGCCCUGGACUACAACCCUGUCACCAACGAGAUGAACUACUUCAACAUGACGGAGAUGGAGAGGACCGCCAUGCCGCGACUUUUCCCGCCUUUCGCACAACUGCCCGUGAAGCUGCCCGACAUCUGGAAGAAGAUCCUUGCCCUGAGAAUGAACAAGGCUGAGAUGACGCUGUUCUGUGGCAUCCUUCUUAUGUCCCCAGACACUGCAGGCCUAAAGGACCCCAAAGGUGUUGAGAUGUUACAAGGAAAAUUGUACUCAAUCUUGGAAAAGUAUACUCUAGCUCAGGGAGUGAUAGGUGGAGUGAGUGGGGUAGUACGCUUCCAAGCCAUGCUGCAGGCCAUAAUGGCUCUCAAGAAGUUGAACGAGGAGCACGCUGAGAGGACCAGGCAGAUCACCAAGGUCAUGCCCUUCCUCAAGAUUCCACAACUCUUCAGUGAACUCCACAAGGUGUAGACCUUAAGACAUCAGGAGGUCCACUUGUGCAAGCAGGGCAACUCACACAUACGAGCCAUCUGGUACGAUGGAUAAAACAUACAUAACGCACAAUACAUACUAGGAAAUACAACUAUUAGUAUAUAUAUUGAAAUCUACUUUAUAGAAAUGGGUUAGUGCAAUCUCUCUCAGGACCAUGCAUCGAUGAAUGUUAUAUAAAUGGUGGGAGGGUUAAGUUGCUAGCCCCUCAAUGACAAUGGGGCAUGUAAACAGUAUGAAACUCUGCUCUUGUGGGCCUUAUAGUACAACAUAUAUACCUGCAUACAACUUUUAUAUUGGAUUUUGGUAAUUUGUCAAUGAAGUGACCAACUCAAAACUCAUCAUAAGGGUCAAUAUUUCAUGCACACUGCUAUUAGCAGUACUGUGUUACUUACAGUUAUUACACAUCUUCAUAGUAACUCGGGAUUUGAACAUUUACCGUCAGUAUGGUUCCUUGCUCAAAGUUUUCUGCCCCAAGUAAAGUAUAAAGAAAAAGAGAGAGAGACCAAUGGUUAGUUACUACGAGCUCCUCUACCAUAGGAAUGGCAAGUAAAAAACCUGUUCUAUUCUACAGACCAUGUCAUGUUGGACCUCAAUUGAGAUUCUGUUCCACACAAGUAUGAAUUACAAUUCUUAAGCCCCUGUCGCACAGCUGACAAGGCUGUUUGUUAAUGGCCAGACUGUUGUUGAUCUCAAAAUCACCCAAGAGUCGUGCAUAUUUUUUGCCUAAAAAUGUACAAAUUUAACUGAAUUCAGUUACCUGCGAACACUGUGAUAUUAACUGUCAAAAUUGUACUUUAGAGUCGUAGACUUGUUGGCUGAUGGAUUUUUCGUGCUGUGUGACAGUGGCUUUACCGCAGCUUUGCCCAGCUGGCUUUGUAUGACUGAGUUGCUUUAUAGGCUUGCUUGCUAUUCUGCCAGCCUGCUUCUUAAUGCUUGCACGUGUUCAAGGUAGAGUUGUAAAGACUAGAAAAACGUGGAUGCCUCUUGACAGACAGCCACCAGUCUUUCUGCAGUGCUUGCUAUACAGAAAGUAGGGAGGGACUGUAAUUAGCCCAGGGUGGGAAGAAAUAUUGAUUUGCUUUGUUUGACGGUCCCCAUGACUUUUUUAAAAAUUCAUUUCUACGCUGCAGAGAAAAUUUGCUCUUUUCUUGUAUGGCGCAAAGGUAGUUGCAUGGUGGUACAAGUAAAGUUUGACUUUCACUUGAAAAAUUUUUACAAGUAGGUGAAAAUACAUAACUCUCUAUUUGGCAAGUUUGGAACUAAAAGUUCCUUUUCAAAUGGGUACAAAGUAACCUAGAAAAGAAAAACAAGUUUCUAUAUGAUUUUGUUUUUUUUAGAUUGGAGCAUUGAAUGUUCUGGAAUGGUGUAACCAUCAGAUGAAAGUGAGCAUAUUGUAUAUAAGCUUGUGGCUAUGUGGGCAGUGUGAGUUGGGUCUUCUGGUGACUGUCACUCUUAAGAUGACCCAAUACAGACACUGCUGCGGACAACGUUGGAGUUGUCCUUAAGAAAGAGAGGCCUUCCGUGUAUGUCGUGUCUAAAACAUUUGCUAAAAUUUAUGAAAUGCUACAAGUAUUUUGAGUGUGCGACUUUCCUAUAUUCUUAGCUUGCUCUUGCUUUUUUUAUGCUGAAUCCUGCAUGUAACCAAAACGAACAUUCUCUCCAUUGAAAUUCCAACUUGUGAACACUUCACACCCUGAAGAUUAGAAGGAUGGAAGAAGAAACAGAGAAAUGUGUAAAAUCAGCCAGGAGUUAGAACGGGAGACAGGGGUGAAUGUUCUAAAGGCCCUCAAUAGUUUAGGACUAAGACAGUAUGCGUACAUCAAUGGUACUGUGUGCUACAAACAGUUGGUACCGACCUCAUCCAUAAAAAGAGUCAUCUGAAAUACUUCCUUACUUAAAGUUGAUGAAUACUGCAUGUGGUGGUGAAGCUCAUAGAGCUGACACAUUAAAAUAAUUGUGUAUUGUCUCAUGUAUUUUAACAAAAAAAAUUCUACUACGUAGAGAAGGUUAUAUCAGAGUAUUUGACUGGGAGAAGUAUUAAGCAUUUCCAACACACAAAUUAACUGUGAAACUUGAAUCCUCCAAAUGAUAUACCUCGGUUAUACAGACUAUAGUUCAGGAACUUCUCUGUGAAGCUCAGGACAGUCGAUGCGCCAACAAACAGUACAUUUAUGCUGAGUACGACACAACGUUUGAAAGCUGUGCUUCCAUUAAGUGGAGUUACAGAGACCUAUAUCAUUAUAGAAACGUGCAUGCUUAUCCCGCACAAGGUACAUGUAUGGGUUCCAACAUGGCCACACCUUCUCCUGAACUGUGACCAUGUAGGACAUUGUUAUUUUUAACAGUAAUAUUACUACUAAGGUUUUAAUGGUAUUUUGGGAAAGAAUUUUUAAAUACUGUAGGAAAAUCAUUGUUAUUAUAUUUAGAUGAGUUCUGAACACUCUCAGGGGACAGUCUUUGCUGUAUGGUGGGAACAAAAUGUACCAAGAGUACAUGUAGAUGGAUACAUGGAGUGGAGUGUGAGCAGAUUAUUACUUCUAAGAAACUCCGAAGAUUCUAAAUCCUUUCCCAGAAGAGAAGAUCACCUUCUGAGAUGCCAAUUUACAUUUUCAGUUGACAUCCUCAACCAUUUGUAAUCUGUGAUUGUAUAUCGUAGAUUCCAAAAGAAUAUAUGUUACCUUCAGAAAAGUUCAUCAGUGUUUGACUCCUGCCAGCCAUGCCUUGUCAGAUGAACACAUACGCACACGAGUUUUUCAGGUAUUUAACAUUUUACACAAGACAUUGGACUUCCAUGUAUUUUGUAGUGCAUUUUUACUAUGUGAUCUGUACACGUGUAUGUACGUCGUACAUAUAGCAGAAGACAUCUAACAAGACUCUACCUCAACCAGUACUGUAAGUAUUCUGUUAGAAAUCAUAGGAUGUUCUGUCUUGUGGGAAUACAGAAUCUCCUUCAGGGACCCAAAUGUUGUCUGUACAACAUGGCUGUCAGGACUGCAUCACGCUCCACUUCCUGUAUUGGAGACUUCGUAUCCACCUUUUUGAAACUUUCCUCACAUCAACAAUCUCCUGGAGUGGAGGAAUGGACCUUAUGUUUCCAUGAGCUUUAGUUGGAAUUGUGAUGAUAAGGUUUAGAUGUGAAAAAGUUCCAAAAAGGUGCUUUUGUGACUAUGGUUGGAUUGAAUAUACUAAGGACGAGGUGUUUGAAACAGGGUGUUAGAGAGACAUUGGUACCCAUGGUAUGGGUUACAACAAGAGUGUCUCACUCGUACAUACCGCACAAAUACGCACACUUUUUCUGAUAACGUUUUUUGAUGGGAAAAUAUUUGGUAUCUUCUCUGAUGAACUGAUCUGAUUGUGUUCUGUGUCUUCUACAGAAAAGAUAUAGGUUGAGGCCAGCCAUGAUUGUGAACUCUGAGUACUUUCUGUGUGUUAGUACUAUAAGGACUGUCAUAAUCUUGUGGUGGCCAACAAUAAAUCUGCUAUCAAAAAA